AUGUUCGAAAAGGUCGCCUUAAUUACCUGUUUGUUGGGCCUUUCCCACGCUGGAGGGCUUAACUCCGGUCCCGGUGUUCUCAGUUACGGUUCAAAUUCAGGCCUAGCUGGUACCGGUGCUAGUGGUUACGGUCCAAAUCUAGGCCUAGCUGGAUCCGGUGCUAGUGCUUACGGUCCAAAUCUAGGCCUAGCUGGUCCCAGUGCUAGUGGUUACGGUUCAAAUCUAGGCCUAACUGUUCCCGGUGCUCUCACUUACGGUUCAAAUCUAGGCCUAGCAGGUACCGGUGCUAGUGGUUACGGUUCAAAUCUAGGCCCAGCUGGUCAAGGUGCCUAUGGAGCCAACGGUGCUCGCGGUUACGCCGGUCGCCUUAGCUACGGAGCGAACCUAGGCUACGGCGGGACAGGACUUGGAUACGUAGGUUCCGGUGCCGGCUACGGUGGUUACGGCUCUGGCUAUGGAUCAAUAUUGGGUUAUAAUGGCUACGCUGGAUACCCUGUCUCUUCGAAUCAAUACAGCAACAACUCCAAUCCCGGCUUGUCGGCCGGCGGAGCCUAUGGAACUGGCGCCUACGCUGGUUAUAGCGGCUACGGUGCCUACGGACAAGGUACCUAUGGAGCUGGUGCCUACGGAGCUGGCGCCUACGAAACUGGGGCCUACGGGAACAGUGCCUACGGUAACUACGGUGGCUGA